UAAGUUUGUUAAAACUGAAUCGAUAAAAUGUUGCAUUUUCAAGUUUCUUUGAAAUGUGCGCCUUUUUCUUGAAAGCCAUUUAGAAGCCAUUUUAAUUUACAGUUAACCAGCGGCUUGCCUCGAUUUCUUUUUGUGAGCAAAACUGCUCGACUUUUUUGUCACAAUCAACUAUGUCGAUACCAUUUAAUUAAUUGUGAUGGUUUCAUUGCAGUUUAACGUGUGCAAAUGUUAAUUUGUGUAGAACAUUUGUGACAUACCUUCACUUGUUUAUCUCUCUCCGACAGCUUACUAAUCUUAUUCUCUGUUUACUCAUGUAAUUCCUAUUAUCAUUUAAUUGUACCUUUUUUAUAAGUCUGUAUAUACUUAUGCCUGUAAAUUUUCUUAGUGAAUUUACUCUUUCCCAUAUUUCAAUUAUUUAUUUAUUUAUUUAUUUUUCUCUUGGUUGAUUCCAUCAUUCCUUUUUUUCCUUGUUCAUUAUCUUGUGAUUCAGUAAUUUGUCUUGCGUUUAAUGUUGUGAUUAUAACAAGUAAUUCAUUAUUUUCACUUUACAAAGUGACUCAUCGAAUUUAUUCAAUAGCGUUUGUGAUGGCUACACUUGACACAAAAACCUUAUGACCCUUCUUUUUUGUGUUUACUUGGAAUAGUAAAAAAGUGUUCAGAAAAAAAGGACCAAUAUAUCUUAAAAUACAUUCAUUGACAAAUAAUAUUCAAAUUGUCAUGAACGGUGCUCUGGUGUUCUUGAUUUUUUUUGCGCCUUUUGGUCAUCAGGUUCAAUGCUAUGCUCCGGUUGAUAUUAUCCAAGAUGACAAAGCCCGUCAAAUUCACGAACUUGACUCUUUAAAUAUCCUUGCAUAUACAUUGCUCCUUAUUUUGACAGUUCUAACAAUCUGGCUGUUCAAGACUCGGAGAGCUAGGUAUCUCCAUGAAACAGGCCUGGCUGUGAUUUACGGAUUAAUUGUUGGCUGUAUCAUACGGUAUGUUGGAGACUCCAAAGCAAAUUAUUCUCAUGUUCGCGUUACACCAUCUCAAAGAAUUACUGGCAAUGAAACUGCUCCAUGGGACUCAGUUUGGGUUCCAUUUACGGUGGCUGAAAAAACAGGACCAAAAAACAAGACAUAUGUUUACGUAUUUCGAGGUGAAUUGGCAAACACGGCACAUGAGAUCUCACAGAAAGCAACUUUUGAUCCUGAAAUAUUUUUCAACAUAAUUCUACCUCCGAUCAUUUUAAAUGCUGGAUAUUCAUUAAAACGCAGAUUCUUUUUCCGCAAUCUAGGAGCUAUAAUGACUUAUGCCUUUAUCGGAACAACUAUAUCGUGUUUUGUUGUUGCUUUGAUUUUAUAUGGUUUGAUGCUUCUAAUUCCUAAGUAUGGUUUCAGCUUUGCUGAUUGCCUCUAUUUUGGAGCAACUAUUUCUGCUACCGAUCCAGUCACUGUUUUAGCUAUAUUUGCUGACCUUCGUGUAGACGUAACUCUUUACGCCCUAGUCUUUGGUGAAUCUAUACUAAAUGAUGCUGUAGCAAUAGUUUUAGCUGGUUCAGUUAAUACUUUUGAAGAUCAUUAUCGCACAAGUGGAGGAUUGAAUCCGUUCCAGGCAGCUGGCAAAGCCUUAACAAACUUUGUGUACAGUUUUUUCUCAUCCCUUCUCCUUGGAUCUUUUGUUGGCUGUUUUACUGCCCUGACUACCAAAUUUACUCGACUUUGUGAUUUCCCUCUUCUUGAGACCUGUCUUUUUGUUCUAAUGUCUUACACUGCGUUUCUUUUAUCUGAAGUUCUUGGCCUUUCUGGUAUCGUUGCAGUCCUUUUCUGUGGCAUUUGUCAAGCACACUACACAUAUAAUAACCUUUCUAAAGAAUCUCGUGAUAGAACAAAACAACUUUUCGAAUUGCUCAGCUUUAUGUCGGAAAAUUUCAUCUUUACAUAUCUCGGUGUUUCUAUGUUUACUUAUCCAACCCACCGAUGGUCGUUUGGUUUUAUUUUAGUUGCAUUCAUUGCAAUUAUUCUGGGGCGUGCUUUGCAUGUGUAUCCAUUGACAUUCAUACUCAAUUUAGGACGGAACAAUAAAAUUCCUACCAAUUACCAGCAUGUUAUAUUUUUUGUUGGCCUUCGUGGAGCUAUGGCGUAUGCACUUGCUAUCCGAAAUACUCUUUCCGAACCCAGGCAAAUCAUGUUAACUACAACAAGUGUUAUUUCCAUCGUCACAGUUAUCGCUUGUGGUGGUUUCACGUCAUCUGUUUUACAAGUUCUUGAAAUUCCAGUUGGAGUAGAAGAAACGGAACACGAAAUGCUUCCAUUUUCUGAUGUGAAACGCAGCAAUUCCGUUACAACUCCCAUUGAACUUCAAUCACCAACAUCUCCAGGUGCUGAAAAGCUGUCCGGUGAACCUGCAACAGCCUCAAGAUCAGUUUAUGAAAAAGCAUGGUUAGUUCGAAAAUGGUAUAAUUUCGAUGUAAGAUACAUGAAACCCUUGUUGACCCACUCACGACCCACACUAAUGGAUACUUUACCUGGAUGUUGUCUACCAAUCUCUCGUCUCCUAACCACGACCCAGCAAUUAACUUCUGAUGAAAUUGGCUCCCACAAAAGAUUCAAUAAUUCUGGAGUUGAUUAUGAAUAUGAAUCAGAUGAUGAUUACGUUUUAACCCGAGAUUCUCGCCCUUCAAGUAUUCAAGUUGUCCCGCCGAGCUGCUCAGUAAAAAAGCAAAGUACAGUGAUAUCUAGACCAAGUCCAAGAGGAACAAGGGUUGGUUUCUCUGUUCGACCUAAUUGUGAUUAUUUAGACGACAAAUCUAUUUUAGAAAGUAGCAGUGUUACCUGUCUAUCAAAUUCCUCUCAAUUCAAAGCAACCGGUGUACCAAACUCCUUGGGGCAUGAUCCUUCCAUUUCUGGCGAUAAUUUCAUUUGAUGAUCCCAAUUCAAUACCAAUGAAAAGCAUUUAGUCAAGCUUAUAGUCAAAACCAACUUCACUCAAUUUGAACCUUCACAAAUUUAUUUCAAUUGUCAAUCUCUAUUUGGUUUCCCUGCUAUUUUCACCAUUCCAAUCUCAAUUUCCAAUUUAUUUUGUAUCAUUUUUUGUGUUACCAUCUGUAUUAUUUAAGUAACCAAUACCUUCUAUUGAGAUAGAUGAAAGUCUAUCUAUUAUUUUUGAACUCGCAUCCAAAUCGAGCUAAGUCAUUCAAUUACUUUUCCUUCCAUGCAUUUUUUUGUUUUUCCUAUUUUUCCCAAAGACUGAUUAAGGAUAUGAAUAUUUGCUCACAAUCCUAAAUUCCUAAAUUAAUGUUAGUCAAACUAAAUUUGCGAUUUUCUAUUGCAAAUGAAUGAUUUAAUAUAUUUUUUUUGUUGAAUCAAAGUACCAUUAUUUUUUGUCUGCCUUUACUUUAAGAAAAAUCAAAGUAAAAAGAACCAACAACACAUAUUAAUAACAAAUUGUUUUUGCAACCUCA